UUUGUUUACCCAUCGUCCCUGAGUUUACUUUACUAACCCUUAGCUACUAAACUAUGGACACUGCCCGGGCAGCAUCACCGUCGGACACCGACAAGUAACUGAGCCUCUGAAUUGGGAGAGAGUGACACCAGGAUGGGAAUGCUACAGUAACAAGGCUGUGCCAGUACUGAGGAUAAACUUUCACCCCUCUGCUGCAUUUAGAACCGCGACUCAUUUUUUCGUAGCAGCUUGCCAGCAGAGCGGUGUGACAAGAAGACAGUUGAAGAUGCCCUGCAUUCCUGCCUGAGCAGAGCCAAGGGAUGUAUAAUGACUAACUGAUACAUACUGAAUCAAUGGACAAGAGGACGUUCCCUGGCACAAUGUUCAGGCAAGUGGAUGCAUCAUCCAAAAGACGGCCUUGUGGUGGAAGCGGACUGCCCCAGCCUCCGCCAUCCUCCUCCAUCCAGCAGGGUCGCAUCCGGGCUGUGGAGGUGGCGAGAGGGAGAACAGGCUAUGGCUUUACGCUGUCAGGCCAAAGUCCGUGUGUCCUCAGCUGCAUCCUGAAAGGGAGCCCUGCAGACUAUGUAGGUUUGCGUUCAGGAGACCACAUCCUCUCUGUCAAUGACAUCAAUGUCUCCAAGGCAUCGCAUGAAGAUGUGGUCAAACUGAUAGGACGCUGCUCUGGUGUCUUGAAACUGGUCAUUGCUGAAGGAGAGCGCCACAGGCGGCACCAUCACCACCAUCAACGCAGUGCUGGAAGUCGUCAUCAUAGCAGCAACACAAUGGCAGCAUCUUACAUGGACUCAUGCUCUAGUGAUGAUGAGCUGGAUGGUUUUUAUGACAACGGUGUAAAUAACAAUAAUAACAGCAGGUCAGGCUGCGGGGCUCGUGGGGGGUGGUACAAACCCAAAAUGGAUUCUAAGCAGCUGGGCAUCAACAGGGCAGAGAAGGUUGUGGCAGAGCUGCAGUCCGGAGGAAUUUUUAACAUGAUUUUUGAGAACUCCAGCCAGUCCUCCAGCAGCUCAGACAAGGAGAGACCUGGGGCCAGCUCAUCAUCAAAGCCACGCCCGCUGUCUGAUCCAGAGUUCCCUCCAUAUCGGAACCCCUCGCGUUCACAGAGCAACCCCAACCUGCUCUCUGAGGAGGAGAUGGCCCAAGUUCUAAAUGAUGACUCAGUCUUCCUGGACGCAGACUUCCGUCAUCUCCACCUUCAGCACCACGAAGAGCAAGACUUGGAUGUAGGAGAUGGCGGUGACUUGGGCCUAGAGCCCAGCGAGGGCAUCCUCAAUGUGGGCAUGAUUGUUGGCUAUCUGGGCUCCAUUGAGCUGGCCUCCAUAGGGACGAGCUUAGAGAGUGACAGCCUGCAAGCCAUCAGAUGCAGCAUGAGACGCCUCCGGGCCGAGCAGAAGAUCCAUUCACUGGUCCUGAUGAAGGUGAUGCAUGACAGUGUGCGUCUGUGCAGUGACAGAGGUCAGGUUCUGGCCACCUAUCCUGCAGAAAAACUAGCCUUCAGCGCUUGCUGUCCCGAUGAUCGUCGAUUCUUUGGACUGGUCACGAUGCAGGCCACUGACGACCACGACGAUUUUCACUUCAACAACGGACGAGAUGAAGAGGGCAGUCUGAGGACUUCCUGUCACGUCUUCAUUGUGGACCCAGACCUCUGUCACCACCAGGUCCAUUCAGGUGUAGCCAGGAGGUUUGGGUUUGAGUGCACCCCUGACCCGGACACAGGAGGCUGCCUGGAAUUCCCGCCCAGUUCUCAGCCUCUCCUCCAGUUUGUCUCCGUCCUCUACCGGGACAUGGGGGACAACAUUGAGGGGGUCCGGGCUCGGGCUUUCCACGAUCCAGACAAUGAUGCCCAGCAGAACCACAGCACCAGCAGCAACAGUGACAGUGGGAUCGGCAACUUUUUACCAGAAGAGAAGAGCAACAGAGUGCUUUUAGUAGACCUCGGAGGUCCUCCUAACCACAACCACAUCUCUGGGCCACGCCACUGGGACAGUCCACCCUCAUCCCAGCAGGCCUGGAGCCCCACCCUAGGAGCUGCAGCCCCUCACCCGCCUCCUCCUCCUCCACCAGCUCUGCGAAAUGGCCACUACCGUCACGAUCCACACCUGGCUGACCUCCCUCACCCUCUCCCCUUGGCUCACCCCGAUGUCCCUGGCAGACACUCUCGAGGGGUCCACCCACACCACUACUCACCGGGAAAGCGGGGAGGAGCUGUGGGGGGAGGAGAAAAGAGAGGGGGCGGAGGAGUGGGAGCAGGGGUGGAGCCGCAGCGGUGGCUACCAGUCCAUGUGCUGAGAGACUGGCGUCAGCAGCACCACCACAGCCACCUCCAGGGCCUGAGCAGCGAUCAGGAGUCCUACGCUGAAUCCACCGACGGAUGGUCAUCAGCCAACUGCAGCACCCUGCCCCCACCCAUGAAUAAGAUCCCGGCCGACCGCUACCGGGCCCCACUGGCCCCCGGGGACCACCUGCCACCACCUGGAGGGAGCCAGCCUCCUCCUCCUGCGCAUCCCCACACCCACCGGCUGGCUGCUCACAAAGAUGAGUGGGCUAAGAAGCUGUUUGGUGGAGACAGGGAGAGAGCUGGGGCAGAGAGAGGUGAAAGAGAGAAGAAACGAGGGAAUGCAAAGGAGGGAGAGAAAAAGGGUGGUCGGUUCCGUGGUCUCACCAUGGGCUUCCCUCCUCUCCCCCAGCGCUCCUCAGCCAGACGCUCCUUUGGACGCUCCAAACGUCUCAGCCUGGCCCGCUCUCUGGAUGACCUGGAGUCCGCUGCAGUCUCCGAUGGAGAACUUAACAGCGUGGAGCUGCAGGGCUGCAGCAGCGACAACAGUCUGAACAGUAAUGCCAGCCUGCCCAGUGUUCAGAGCCACCGGCGCCACACUGAGAGGAGAGUGGCCAGCUGGGCUGUCUGCUUCGAGAGACUCCUGCAGGACCCCGUGGGAGUCCGCUACUUCUCGGAGUUCUUGAAGAAAGAGUUCAGUGAGGAGAAUAUCCUGUUCUGGCAGGCUUGUGAGUUCUUCAGCCACGUACCUGAGAAUGACAAGAAGCAGCUCUCUCAGCGUGCCAGGGAGAUCUACAACAGCUUCCUGUCCAGCAAAGCAACAACACCGGUCAACAUAGACAGCCAGGCCCAGCUAGCUGACGACAUCCUCAACGCUCCCCGACCUGACAUGUUCAAGGAGCAGCAGCUGCAGAUCUUCAACCUGAUGAAGUUCGACAGCUACACACGGUUCCUCAAGUCUCUGCUGUACCAGGAGUGUAUGCUGGCCGAGGUGGAGGGGAGGCCCCUGCCUGACCCUUACCACAUCCCCAGCAGCCCCACGUCCAAACAUAGCACCACCGGCUCCGACCGCUCCAACCUGUCCACACCCAAGAAGGAGGACAAGAAGAGCAAGUCAGGCAGAUCUUUAAAUGAGGACAGUCGGGAUGAUUCAGGAGACCGGAGGAAAGGCAUGUUCUUCUCCUGGUCCCGCAACAGGAGCUUUGGCAAAGGCCCGAAGAAACGAGAGCUGGCCGACUUCAACUACAAUUUUUCUGGCAGCAAUGGUCGCCGGGAAUCCCAGGGUUCGUUGUCUUCAGGAGCCAGUCUGGAGCUGGGACCAUCAGGGUCAGGAAGGAAUGAGGGUGAUGUUUCCCGAGGCGCAGUAUCAGUGUCAACAGAGCGCGGAGGGGGCAGCGCCCCCUUGAGGCAGUGUAACAUAAGCUUGCCGGACGGCUCAUGUUGCUCUGUGCCACUGAGGGCUGGAGUGUCCAUCAGGGAUCUGCUGCUUGGUCUCUGUGAGAAGCUCUGCAUCAACCUGGCAGCUAUAGACCUCUUCCUGGUUGGAGGGGAGAAGCCACUUGUUUUAGACCAAGACUGUAUGACAUUGUGCUCUCGAGACCUCCGGCUAGAAAAACGCACUCUCUUCAGACUUGACUUGGUCCCUAUUAACCGUUCAGUGGGCCUUAAAGCAAAGCCCACCAAGCCAGUGACUGAAGUCCUCAGGCCUGUGGUGGCCAAAUACGGCCUGCACCUCGCUGACUUGGUGGCACGUAUUAGUGGGGAAAUGGAGCCAUUAGAUUUAGGUCUUCCUAUAUCCAACCUGGACGGGCUGCGGGUGGUAUUAGAUAUUGCAGAAAACACUCCUGGAAAAGCAGACAAACAGAAAGUAGCUCCCUCUAAGAGCCUCGUCCCGGCCUCAACAAGCAGAAACCAAUCGACAACAGGGGAGGACAGGCCGUCAGAGAAAACCGGUUCAACCCACCCCCAUGGGGAGAACGGCAAAGCUGGGCCCAGCCCUGACACAAGCAGCCAGCCAUUACCCAACCACUCUGUCUCUCUCCAUAAGGCUCCGGAGAAAAGAAAGCAGAAAAAGAUUAAUAUAGACGAAGCUGAAGAGUUCUUCGACCUCAUAUCCAAAGCUCAGAGCAACCGAGCAGACGACCAGCGAGGCCUGCUAAACAAAAGCGACCUGCAGCUCCCAGACUUUCUGCGCCUGUCACCAGUGGCAACCAACCAGGCUGCCCCUCCUCCCUACGACCCUGAGCCUAGUUGCUCCACCCCUUAUUCUCGUAACCCCAACAACGGCAGCUUCCCUAGCAGCGGUCGCCGGGGCAAUAAGACGAACAGCAACGACAGGGGAGGAGGAGGCAGCACCCACUUGCUCAACGCGAGCCAUCAGUCCCAGAGCUUGGACUCUGCACUGGGAACUGAGAGUGGAGGGGGGAGGAAAGCCAGGCCACCUCCUCCGUUUCCUGGCACCAUCUCCCCCAUUCACCCAUCCCAGGGUGCCCAGCGUGGUCUCCUCCAGGACUCUGGCAGAGGAGAAUCAGUCCAGAUGCUGGAGGAGGACACGCUGUCUGAUCUGACUCUUGUGGGAGAGGGGGACAUUAACAGCCCCAGCCUCAACUACGUCACUCCCUCAGCCCUACAGUGCAAACCCCAACAACAAGCACAGGACGGUCGGCCUAGCUCAGGUACUUCCCCUGUGUGAGCUCUAAAAACUUUUAAACUUUCACCUCUUCCUUCAACUGACUGUGAGAGGGACUGGAGACCCAAUAUAGUCAGUUUGAAAUUCCUUGUUGGUCACUUUUGGCCCAGAAUGCAUCCAGUUCUCCUCCCUUUAUUUUAUUAAUCACUUUCUACUGUCUCAUUAAAAUUGUGGAACAUUUAUUUCCAGAUUCAAGUGUAAAACAGUCAGUAAUGUAAAAGAACAAGCUUUCAUCACAUGCAGUAGAAAUGAGUGUUAAAGGAGCUGUUUGUGACAUUCAGACACCCAUCAUUCAGAGUCUAGGGCAGAAUUGUCUGUCCAUGUUCUCAACAUAGAGGUGGCUGAGCUGGUGGGUAGCAGCUAAUGGGGCUAACCUGCAGGGAAACUAGAGGGUGUGCGCCACUCUUUGACAACAACACUAUCCUGAUAUCAGUGGUAACCACCAUAUGAGCACAGAGCAGUGGCGAUUAGCUCGCCAGUGGGACACACUCACAUGGAGGUCCUUUUCAUCACGCUGACUUAUGCCUGGGCCACACUGCCUGUGCAUGUGGAUUGUGCAUCCUCUUGUGUUUUCUUUUUUUGGCGCCCGUGUUAACAGGUUAGAGCAGCCACAUUGCCCAAGUAAGCAGUGCUUCUCAGGCAGGCUCAGCUGCUGCACAGCUGGGGAACAUCCAGAUGUCUCCACGUCACGCACGGAUUCAGCAACAAUAGACAGUGAUAAGGUUUUCAUAAGCAAACUGACAUUGUACCACCUUUACAAUUUCAAUUUCUCUAUCUGUCACAGACAUGAAAAAAUCUUAAGUAUUUAUUAUUAACUUAACUUUAACUUUUUACCAUUUCCAUGUAAAAGCCCUCUGACAAUGUUUCGACCCUCAAAGAAUAGACAGAAUCCCUUCAUUUGUUAGUACUGGCUUUUAAUUGUGUAAAUACAGCUCUCACAGCUGCAGCAGCAAUGCUGUCUGUGUGAACGCUGCACGUGUGCGACCUGCAGCAGUUCAGCGAGGUAGCUGUCACGCGCUGCUCACACAGGCAGUGUGGUCUGGGCAUUAUGCCUCCUCACCUCCUCUCUUCUCCUGUGACCCAGAAAUCAUUCCCCUUCCACAAUCAUGGAGGAUCUUCCAAUUCAUUACGUGCACCUCGAGUAGACGAGGAAAGAGGAGAAAGGAGAGAGGAGGCCUAUGGAGGAGUUUAGAGUGAGAAAACACUGGUGUGUCAUACACAGAAGUCUUUCAUCAGUCGACAUACACACAUUCUUACACAGCUAUGAGGUGUAUUAUUGUGUACAUAAGAACGCGAGUAAAUAAAAAGCCUAAGUAAUAAUACUACUAAUAAACGGUUAUGUUAAACUAUUAUAGGCCUACAAGAGAUGUUCCCAUCUAUCUGUUUAAGGUUUUGAAAUUCUUUUUAAAUAAGGGGUUUUGCAGACAUUCAUUCCUGCCAGUCAGUUUGACAGGUGAUACAGCUGUGCAGCACAUCAUAAGUAACAGACUACUCUUAAGACUGCUGCUCUGUAACCAAGGAUUUCUCACUUGGCAGUUUCAACUCCUUGCUUCCUCCGCUUGCUUCUCUCUUGGGCAAAAUUAAGACACAAGUAAAGAAAGCAAAUGAGGGAAGCGAGGAGACACGUUAGCAUGAUGAAAUGCACCCAGGGACAUUCGUUCAGUAAAAUGCACGCACAGCCGGACUGUCUCCCACAACAUCAAACAGAGAGGUUAGGAUUACAGUACACACAGAGGGAGCAUGACUUUAUUCUCUGCUCAGGACACCAUUACUCCACUAUAGAUACAUAGCAAAUAGUGGUUUGCUGCUAUAGUAAUGUUCUGAAUGUCACAUACAGCUCCUUAAAGUCAGUCAGUGGAUAUAGUGAGUUGAUAUAGUGAUAUAUGCACUACCUUGCGGCCAGCAUCUACUGUAAGUCAACGACAACCUUUAGAUGAACUUGGUGAGACACAUAAAGAGAGGAAAAAUGGAUGCAUUAGGCUCGGGCAGAAAUUUCCCUGCGUGGUUUGUAUCUGUGUGAACUUUUGAGCGGACUUGCUGUGGAUUUUCUUUCUGGAGACGUUAGCUCGAGGACGAGCUCAAGAAUAACUGGCGAUGACCAGUGCCAAACUCCCUCCCGCACCCCCUCCUCAGUGUACAGAAUCUAACAAUGCACUUUAGCCAAUUACAAACAAGACUUCACUCAUAUUUAAAUAUUUUUAAAAAUAAUUUUCUCCCUG